AUGUCGCGUUCUUUUUACGUCGACUCAUUGAUAGUGAAGGAGCCGACACUUGUCUCCAAACGAUGUCGGACAACAAGCCCUACGGAAGACCACAACCACGCAACAAUGUCACCUACGCGCGCCUCUCCACCGGCGCACAUGCCGACGCUACAUCCAGUUCCGUGCUACCCCAGACACCAUAGAGGCAUGGUCAGCUAUUGUUGUCCGCUAUGCGUUGUGCCACCACCGGCGCAGUUGUUCUCUGACAGAACCAUGCAUCAGCUCGUAACCACUUCCGGCCUGACUAACUUACCCAGUCUACCCAUCAGUUACGCGACAUCCACCGCCGAGAUGCAGUUAAGAACGCUGGGGAGUUUCGCCCGGUCGAACCUAAAGCACCAGACGCGUUGCACGGAUACGGUUACCUUGCCGAAUCGACAUGAACACGUGCAGACGUCACCUAAGACACUUGGUUCUAGCCCUGGGAAUACGUCCCCUCUCUCAGACCAGAGAAUGGUGCGGUAUGGUGCAAUAGGUGUUAGCAGUUCAACGGAAGAGAGCAGUAAGCGCAUGCGCACGGCUUUCACGAGUAGCCAGCUGCUGGAGCUGGAGCGGGAGUUCCUGUCCAACAUGUACCUGUCGCGUCUGCGGCGGAUUGAGAUCGCCACCUACCUGCAGCUCUCUGAGAAACAGGUGAAGAUCUGGUUUCAAAAUCGCCGCGUCAAGUAUAAGAAAGACAACGGAAUAGGGGAAGACGGGUCUCCAAGUCCAGUCGAAAAAUGCCGCUGCCUUCGUACGUGUAACUCGCGCCCGCACGCGCGGCGCCGGAAAUCCAACGGUAGCGGAAAUAAGCAUAACGAGACGGAAAGGCACGAAUAUGAGGCGGACAGUAUAACUAGCACCGACGAGGAGGAAGCGUAUCUCGACGUGACCUCUGAGUGUGACCUUCACCAUUCUGACGACAUGAGCAGCGCCACAAAGCGACCUCGAAUGGAAAUGUUGAGUUCUGCAACUUGA